ACGUUAAACUUGACGUGGACGAAAGCAGCUGGCCUAUUUAGAAAGAAGUUCAGCGGCACAAUGUGUAAAAGAUUUGAUUCUACUGUAUAAUAAGUGAUUAAUCGUGGUGAAAUUUAGGGGGCUGAUGUUAAAUUAGUAAAACAACAUGGCCUUAAGACACAAAAUGUAUGGAGUGUGGUGUUUGGUGGUGCUGGCAGCGAUCUUGAGUCCGUCCGCGGACGGUGCAGCGGUGAUAUCUAUUGAUUUGGGUUCGGAAUGGUUGAAAGUGGGUAUCGUGUCACCGGGGGUGCCGAUGGAGAUAGUGUUGAAUAAGGAGUCGAAGAGGAAAACACCGGCGGUCGUGGCGUUCAGAGACGGCGUGCGGACGUUCGGAGAAGAUGCGGUGAAUGUCGGCGUCAGGUUCCCGAAGAAUUCUUAUAAGUACCUUCUAGAUCUUCUUGGGAAAUCAUAUGAUCAUCCGCUCGUGCUAGCUUACAAGCAGCGCUUCCCGUAUUAUGAAAUUGUGGAGUCUGCGAGGGGAACUCCCGAGUUUGUCCAUGAUGAGAAUACAAGGUUUACUCCAGAGGAGCUGGUCGCUCAGUUCCUGGCUAAGGCUAAAGACUUUGCUGAGAUCAAUCACGGUCAACAAAUCAGCGAAUGCGUCAUUACUGUGCCUGGCUACUUCAACCAGGCAGAGCGGCGGGCCAUGAAGGAGGCAGCCGGAUUGGCAGGCCUUACUGUGCUGCAGCUCAUCAAUGAUUACACAGCUAUUGGUAUCAACUAUGGAAUCUUCAGGCGGAAGGAAAUCAACGACACUCCAUGGCAGGCGCUGUUCUUCGACAUGGGCGCGGGAUCCACCAAGGCGGCCCUGGUCGAGUACAAGAACGUGAAGGUCAAGGACCGCGGAUACGUGGAGACUGUGCCGCAACUGCAAGUCUUGGGCGUCGCUUAUGACAGAACCCUCGGCGGUUUCGAAAUCACUCUCCGUCUCCGCGAGCACCUCAUCCGCGCGUGGGAGGCGCAGGGCGGCGGCGAUGUGAGGGCUUCGCCGCGCGCCAUGGAGAAACUGCUCAGAGAAGCCGAGCGCCUCAAGAUCGUGCUGUCCGCCAACACCGAGCACUACGCGCAGAUCGAGAGCUUGCUGGACGACAAGGACUUUAAACACUUGGUAUCCCGUGCCGAACUAGACUCGCUGUGCGCGGAUCUGUGGCCGCGCGUGUCGUCGGUGCUGACGCGCGCGGCGGCGGCGGGCGGCGCCUCGGCGGCGGCGCGCCUCGUGCUCGCCGGCGGCGCCGCGCGCGUGCCCGCCGUGCUCGCCCUGCUCGCGCACCAGGGCUACGAGCCCAGCCGCUCCAUCAACGCCGACGAGGCGGCCGCCAUGGGCGCCGUCUACAGGGCCGCAUCCCUGGCCACGGGCUACAAGGUGGCCCCGCUGAACGUGAAGGACGCGGUGUUGCUGCCCGUGCAGGUCGUCUUCACGAGGCACGUGGACGGAGCUGACAAACUGGAACAGAUCAAGAGAACUCUGUUCAGCCCAAUGAACCCCUACCCGCAGAAGAAGGUGAUCACCUUCAACAAGCACACGGACGACUUCUCGUUCCACGUGAAGUACGCCGAGCUCGAGCACAUCCCCGCCGCCGAGCUGGCCAACCUCGGCGCGCUCAACCUCACGCUCGUCACGCUCCGCGGCGUCGGCGCCGCGCUGCGCAAGCACGCCGGCGACCACGUCGACCACAAGGGUAUCAAGGCGCACUUCAACAUGGACGACUCUGGCAUCCUAAACCUGGUCAACGUAGAAUUCGUUGCGGAGAAAACUGUCACGGAGGAAGACAAAGACAGCACCCUCUCCAAACUAGGCAGCACCAUCAGCAAACUCUUCGGCUCCGAUGAAGCUGAGAAACCGGAAGAGAAAAAAGAAGAAGAUAAGGCACCGGAAGCCGAAAAGAAUGAAACCGCCAACGCUAAUGAGACCGGAGAUAAGCAAAACGCUACCGAACCAGAAGCUAAACCCAAGCCCAAGAUCGUAGUCCUUAAAGAACCGAUCAAAACUGACGAACAGGUCCUAGUCCUUCAACCGCUCACUCAGGAACAGUUCAAAACUUCGAAAGCUAAAAUAUCAGAAUUAGAUGCUAUAGACAGAAAACGCGCCGAAAGGGAAUCCGCGCUCAACAGUUUAGAAGCAUUUGUAGUUGAUGCACAGAUGAAAAUUGACAUGGAAGAGUUUGCAGAAUGCGGUACUCCUGAACAGAUCGAAGAAGUCAAGAAGUUGUGUUCUGAGACGUCUGAAUGGCUGUAUGAGGACGGCUAUGAAGCUCCCACUGAGCUGUACGAGGAGAAACUUGCUUUGAUCAAGGAGAAAACUAACCCUAUCUUCUAUAAACAUUGGGAGCACAGAGAAAGACCCGACGCUAUUGCCGCUCUACGCAACAUGCUUAACAGUUCCAAUGAAUUCCUGAAAUCUGCAAAGAAUUUCACUCAAGAAGUCAACCCGGAGAAAGACAUGUUCACUCAGGUCGAAAUCACAGUUUUAGAAAAGAAAAUAGAAGAAACUCAAGCGUGGUUGGACAAGUCGAUAAAAGAACAAAACGAAUUGAAGAAGAACGAAGAGAUUAAGCUGACUAUUGAUAGCAUAAGAGAGAAGAUGGGCGGUUUGGACAGAGAAGUUAAGUACCUAGUGAAUAAAAUGAAGAUUUGGAGGCCUAAGAAGCCAAUUAAGAAGGAGAACAAAACUGAGGAAACUAUAGAAGUUCCAGAGGGUCAAGAGAAAGUGGAGGAGAGUGUAGAAAAACCAGUAGUUGAAGAUAAUCAAGAAGAGGAAGUUAGGGAGGAGGUGCCCGCGACAGAAACGCCGCAGUUAGGUGAUGGCAAAGACGAACAUUCCGAGUUAUAAUAGUGAGGUUUCUAAUUUAGCCUAAUUUAUUUUUUACCUUUCAAGUCCGUGGGACUUGUUCGCUUUUCGUAUUACACCUUGAACUUCAAUAUUUAGCGCUUUCAGAUCAAAAUCUCUGAAACUUAUUCCUCAUUUAGACGGUACAAUAGAAUGCGUGUUUUAUUUGUAUCGUCAUUCUCAUAAAUAUGUAUGCAAGAGCUUGCAGCAUUAAAAUGGUACUUAACCUUUGAAUGGAUUCACAUCAUAUACCCUCAUUCAUGUAAAGAUUAAGUUGACAGCGUACGCCCUUAAAUGGUGUUCACAGCACUGUGGACGCAACUUGGUACGAUUGCCUUAUUUUGUUCUUGACGUUUUUAAGGUUAAUAUAACUAUUUAUGUCUUUAAGUUCUCCACUUAAAUUAAUCUUCUAAAUUCCUACACAUCAUACUAAACUCCAUUAUUUUGGUAGUGCCAAGUCAAGGUGUACCUAAUGCGAAAAGUGAGCUCGAUGAAUUUAAAUAAAUCUCAAAACGAUUUUUAGCCGCCUUCGUUUCUUCCAAAAUAUCCUGUAUUUAUUGUUGUUUAUGGACUUUAGUUAUUUUUUAUACCUUCCGUUUUUUUAUUUUUUUAAGAAAGCGGCUCCUCUGUCUUGUCUAUGGUAUGUAUUUAAGCGGCGACCCCAAGCGUACGGCAAGAGGAUGUUAUUCUAUUUAUAAUGAAUGUAAUUUAUGUGAUAUAAAUAUAAAUGGCUAUAGAAUUAGAGUUUUCCUGCAAUAGACAGGGUUUGCAUUUAAUUGUUUGAGUUAAACUUCAUCCAAAUUCCAUUAUUCGUUAGUUCUUUAGCUCUUGCGACCAUGCCUUAUUUAUUUACACUCUUCGAAAUCUAGAAUUGUUUUUUAUGUGAUUGCACAGAUAUUUUUCAAUAUAUGUAGGAAUAAUAUUUACAGAACAGUUGAAAUAAGUCUUCACGGUAUAUAAAUAUAUCAUAUUAAGAACACAAUCAUAAAA